UGCAUCGGCAGUCCGUUGUCUCAUCCCUCAACACCACGCACCAAAAGUCGCCAUGCCUCCCAAGAAGCAGACCCAGCCCAAGGAGGCCGCCGUUGCUCUCGGCCCCCAGGUCGCCGAGGGCGAGAACGUCUUCGGCGUUGCCCACAUCUUCGCCUCGUUCAACGACACCUUCGUCCACGUCACCGACCUCUCGGGCAAGGAGACCAUCUCGCGUGUCACCGGCGGCAUGAAGGUCAAGGCUGACCGCGACGAGUCGUCCCCCUACGCUGCCAUGCUUGCCGCGCAGGACGUUGCUCAGAAGUGCAAGGAGGUCGGCAUCACCGCCCUCCACGUCAAGCUCCGCGCUACCGGCGGCACCGGCACCAAGCAGCCCGGCCCCGGUGGCCAGGCCGCCCUCCGUGCCCUCGCCCGUGCCGGCAUGCGCAUCGGCCGCAUCGAGGACGUGACCCCCAUCCCCUCGGACUCGACCCGCCGCAAGGGUGGUCGCCGUGGUCGCCGCCUGUAAUCGCGUGCGCGCGUGGCUUUGCCGUGUUCCUUUCGUAGAUUGGAGACGCGGAUACUCGUCGCUAGACAGCACGCGCUAUGCCAGUCCGUGGCUGUCCCUGACUUUCUGGCUGCGGGAUGCAAUCGUACACUAACGG